AUGAGGACGGGAUACUAUGAUCAGCUGUGUUCAAUUGAACCAAAGUUUCCAUUCUCUGAAAAUCAGGUGUGUGUAACAUUUACAUGGAAAGAUGCUUUUGAUAAAGGAUCACUUUUUGGAGGGUCUGCCAAACUGGCUUUGGCAAGUUUGGGGUAUGAGAAGACCUGUGUUUUGUUCAACUGUGGAGCAUUGGCAAGCCAGAUUGCAGCAGAACAGAAUCUAGAUAAUGAUGAAGGACUGAAAGCUGCAGCUAAGCACUAUCAGUUUGCAAGUGGUGCGUUCCAACACAUUAAAGACACUGUCUUGUCAGCCUUGAAUCGAGAACCUACAGUGGACAUCUCUCCAGACACAGUUGGAACUCUCAGUCUUAUUAUGUUAGCUCAAGCCCAAGAAGUCUUUUUCUUGAAAGCAACAAGAGAUAAAAUGAAAGAUGGCAUCAUAGCUAAACUAGCUAAUCAGGCUGCAGAUUACUAUGGUGAUGCUUACAAACAAUGUCAAUAUAAAGAUACUUUGCCCAAGGAGGUGUUUCCUGUUCUGGCUGCAAAGCACUGCAUUAUGCAGGCCAAUGCAGAAUAUCAUCAAUCUAUCCUGGCAAAACAGCAGAAGAAAUUUGGUGAAGAAAUUGGGAGGUUGCAGCAUGCAGCAGACUUGGUGAAAACAGUGGCAUCUCGUUACGAUGAAUAUAUAAAUGUUAAAGAUCUGGUUGACAAAAUCAACCGUGCACUUACAGCUGCCAAAAAAGACAAUGACUUCAUUUACCAUGACCGGGUUCCUGACCUGAAAGAUUUGGAGUCCAUUGGAAAAGCCAGUCUUGUGAAGGCUACUCCAGUUUCUGUUCCUCUCAGUCAGAAAUUCACUGACCUAUUUGAGAAGAUGGUUCCAUUGCAAGUUCAGCAAUCUGUGAGUGUUUAUAACCAGAGGAAGGCAGAUCUAGUAAACAGGUUAAUAGCCCAGAUGAGAGAAGCCACAAAUCUGGCAAAUGGUGUGUUGGCUUCCCUCAAUCUUCCUGCUGCUAUCGAAGAUGUGUCUGGUGAUACUGUUCCUCAGUCUAUUUUGAACAAGUCUAAAUCUGUGAUUGAACAGGGAGGAAUUCAGACUGUUGAUCAGCUGAUCAAAGAUCUGCCUGAACUGCUACAAAGGAACAAAGAAAUUCUAGAUGAAUCAUUAAGAUUAUUAGAUGAAGAAGAAACUACAGACAAUGACCUGCGAACAAAAUUCAAAGAACGCUGGCAGAGAACACCAUCCAAUGAACUCUAUAAACCUUUAAGGGCAGAGGGAGCCAACUACCAUAAUAUUUUGAAUAAAGCUGUGCAAGCAGAUGGCCAAGUUAAAGAGCGCUAUCAGUCUCACCGGGAUACGAUUGCCCUUCUGUGUAAGCCAGAGUCAGAACUCAACGCAGCCAUUCCUUCUGCCAACCCAGCAAAAACAUUACAAGGAAGUGAGGUUGUUAAUGUCUUAAGAACUUUGCUGGCCAAUCUGGAUGAAGUUAAGAAGGAGAGAGAACAACUGGAAAACGACCUGAAAUCUGUAAAUUUUGACAUGACAAGCAAAUUCCUGACUGCACUUGCACAGGAUGGUGCUAUAAAUGAGGAGGCUAUUUCUGUGACGGAGUUGGACAGAAUUUAUGGAAGUUACACACAGAAAGUGCAAGAGUCCCUAAAAAAGCAGGAAGAACAUCUCAAAAACAUUCAGAAUGCACAUCAGGAAUUUUCGAAGAUGAAACAAUCAAACAAUGAAUCUAAUUUAAGAGAAGAAGUUUUGAAGAAUUUAGCUGUAGCAAAUGACAACUUCGUGGAACUUGUAGCCAAUUUAAAAGAAGGUACAAAGUUUUACAAUGAGCUGACAGAAAUCUUGCUGAAAUUUCAAAAUAAAUGCAGUGACAUUGUCUUUGCUCGCAAGACUGAAAGAGAUGAACUGCUCAAAGAUUUGCAGCAAAGUAUUGCUAGGGAACCCAGUGCCCCCUCUAUUCCUUUGCCUACGUAUCAGACGACAUCAGCUGGAGGAAGUAAGCCUGCUGCAUCGCCAACUCCUACCCCGGCACCCAGAACCAUGGUGAGUAUAUAUAGAAUGUCCAUUUAAGAUGCUGGAACAGCUGCAGCUCCUCCUGCUGCUGCUGCCGCUGCUGCUCCUGCUCCUACUCCAGGAGCCAGUGCACCUGCAGCAAGCACUGCGCCUUCACAGGCACAGGGACCUCCUUACCCAACUUAUCCAGGUUACCCAGGGUAUUGCCAGAUGCCAAUGCCAAUGGGCUAUAAUCCAUACAUGUAUGGUCAGUAUAAUCUGCCAUAUGCACCCUCGCCUGUGUAUCAAAACCCUGGACAAGCACCAUAUCCAGCACCUCAACAACCUGGAUACCCUUUUCCUCAACAGCCUUACUACCCUCAGCAAUAAUGUAUCUGCAAAGAAGUUCUGCUUGUUAAAAUUUGGGAGAAAUUGGCAAUAAGCAUACUAAAACUUUUAGCUUCAGUUAAUGUACCGCACUGAACUGUAUGCAGUCUAUAACUCCUGUUUAUUGUUAACUGCUCAAAAAUGUCUAGAUCAGUUUUUGAUUACACUAAACACUUCAAGAGAUCUGCUGCAGUGGUUUAGACUGUAGACUAAUUCCAGAAUUGGAGCCUAAUUCAGUGGUCUGAAACUGUACACUACAUGUUGGCUAAAGCAAAAUACUUCUUUGCAAAAGUACUGCAAGUAACAAAUGGGUUCAGAUAAGAAAAGUGAAGCAGAAGGUGCACUGGAUGUGAUAUAUUCUACGGAACCAUAUAGCAUUUCCUUCUAUGCUCUCCUGGUUUGUAUGGUUUUGAGUUUAGUUAAAAUAUGCUAUUUUGUCUAAUAAUCAAGGCCUUGUAAAUCAUCAGUAAAAAAAAAUAAAUUACUGAAGAAUGGUUUAAACA